AGACCGCGCAGGUCUAACAUUUGGGGGCUCGUCCGGGAUUCCACUCGCCCCGGACCACAAGAACAUCGGGAGUUGGAGGUACCAGGUAAGCUCGAGCUUGAUUGUCUGUUUGUCCCUUGUUCUUUGUGGGCCAUUAUCGGAGGAAAGCCGUAAGAAUCGGCUUAUUAUGGAAUCUGUAUCGGACCUCUGGCUAGGCAGACGUGCUAAUAGCCGGCGUCCAUGAGCCCUAGGGGACGCCCUGGUGGCUCAUCUGGAAGGAGAGGCAAACUCUGUCUCCCCUUCACUCGGUUUCGGCAGUUCCCUUGGUGAUAACUGCCAUCUGAAGAAGUUUCGGUUUUGAAGCGAGCUCGCGGUGGCCCAUGCGUAUAUGUGUUUCGUGGAGUUUUAACUGUUUCUGUAUUGUGGUCUAUUCUUCUUCUCUGACGGACGACAAUGGGACAAACUAUGACGACUCCUCUUUCCCUUACCCUAAGCCAUUGGACCGAAGUUCGGGCCAGAGCCCAUAAUUUUUCGGUAGAGGUAAAGAAAGGAAAGUGGCAGACUUUGUGUGCCUCUGAAUGGCCAACAUUUCAGAUAGGAUGGCCCCCCGAAGGAUCCUUUUUAUUAGACAAGAUUAAGCUGCUGAAGUCUAAGAUAUUUAAUAUAGAUCCCCACGGACAUCCAGACCAAGUACCAUAUGUCUUGGUCUGGGAAGAUUUAAUUCUCUCCCCACCUCCGUGGGUCCGGCCCUUUGUUUCCUCAACAGGUACGUCCGCGCAUACAUCAGGAGCGUCGGAGAUAUUAGCCUUAAAGAAAAACCCCAACACGGAAAAGCUACCUGACGCCCCGGAUCCACCGAAGGCGAUUUAUCCUGACCCGCAGCCCGAUUUGCUUCUUUUGGAUUCCCCACCCCCUUAUCCUCCGGCCCCAAAUCCCCUACCACCUAGAGGACCCCCAGCUCCACUGCCCUCGGCACCAAGGGAACCAUCCAUGAUGGAAGAAGAAAGGGGUCCCUCAGCGGGCACUAGGAGCCGGAGGGCUAUCUCCCCGGACUCCACUGCCCUACCUCUUAGAGAGUAUGGCCCCCCCGACGGCCAAGGGAAUAGAUCUCUCCAAUAUUGGCCCUUUUCCUCUGCAGAUCUUUAUAAUUGGAAAAUGCAUAACCCAACUUUUUCCGAAAAUCCACAGGCCCUUACCGCUUUAAUAGAAUCUCUUGUUUUCUCCCACCAGCCCACAUGGGAUGAUUGUCAGCAGCUGCUCCAGACUCUCCUAACGACUGAGGAGAGGCAACGGGUUCUUUUAGAAGCCAGAAAAAAUGUAUUAGGCGCCAAUGGGCAACCUACCCAGCUGCCUAACGAGAUUGAUGCUGGUUUCCCACUCGUCAGGCCAAACUGGGAUUUCAAUGCCCCGGAAGACUCUCUCCCCUGAGCCAACCCUACUUUGCCUUCGAAUGGAAAGAUCCAACAUCGGGAAUGUCUGGUCAGCUGACAUGGACACGGCUACCUCAGGGAUUUAAGAACUCCCCGACCAUCUUUGAUGAAGCCCUCCAUCAGGAUUUGGCAUUAUAUAGAGAAUCAAAUCCCCAGGUAACAUUACUCCAAUACGUUGAUGAUAUUUUAUUAGCUGCUGAGACCCAAGAAGAUUGUAUCAAGGGUACUGAAAAACUGUUAACGGAACUUGGAACCCUGGGAUAUAGAGCCUCAGCCAAGAAAGCACAAAUAUGCCAACAACAGGUCAGUUACCUGGGGUAUCUAUUAAAAGGGGGGCAAAGAUGGCUCACGGAGAGCAGAAAGGAUACGGUGGCCCAAAUUCCGGCUCCCAAAAACGCCAGGCAGGUUAGAGAAUUUUUGGGGACGGCCGGAUUCUGUAGACUAUGGAUUCCAGGGUUUGCUGAGCUGGCAUCCCCAUUGUACCCCCUAACCAAAAACAGCACUCCUUUCGUUUGGGGCGAUAAGGAACAACGGGCUUUUGACCAAAUCAAACGAGCUUUACUUUCAGCUCCAGCCCUAGGACUGCCAGAUGUAACCAAACCUUUUCAUUUAUAUGUGGCCGAAAAUAAGGGCAUUGCAAAAGGAGUAUUGACUCAGAAAUUGGGUCCCUGGAAUCGCCCAGUUGCUUAUUUG